AUGGGUGACAAAAACCUUCGGACAUUUCGAUAUCAUCCGGCGCCUUGUCGCGUUGUCAGAAGGAAGCAAGCGGGUGCGAAUGAGGAUCAUAUCUCUUCAGCUGUUACAAUUGGCGCAAGUGAGGGUGACUGGAAAAGCGCUUUCGACCAGAAGACUUUAGGAGAUGUCAGUGCGUCCCAUGAGGGGCUCUUGAUACUUGCGACGAGAGCGGCAGAAGAGCCCAUUACCAACUCACACGAAACUACGAUUCUUUCCAAGCUCCCGUUCUCGCGGCCAAGUUGGUUGCAAAUCAUGGAAAAGUUUCACAUUCAUGAUUCGGUCGCCAGGCUUAUCAACAGGAACACUGCCGCGGAAUUUUCCCGCAGCCAAAUGAACCCAAACAAUAUCGAUGGUCUGGCCCUAAGUAAGUUUCCCUGUCACCAAAAAGAGGGUUUUAGUCUCACGGUUGCAGUCUACAAUUGCCGCUCGUCGGCUUCAUGGCCGGGUGACAUUGCCCUAUCCGUGACUUGGUUUCCAAAAAGGUGGAAGUGGUACGCCGUGUUUUACGGCUGCGACAACGCAACAGCAAAGAACAUUGAACACCGACUGAACAAUUGCGAGGAUGCAACAUGCCAUCCCCUCAUCCUGUUGGGAAUAUUUGCCGAGGUAGAAAGACGACGACAGAUCAGCCUUGUCGACAAAGGCAGUCUAGACUUCCUCAGCGCUGUAUCCAGCUUGAACAGUACUAAUCACCAGUUGGAUGACAGCGAUCACGCCAGUGCCGGAUCUCGCGACAAUAGCCUUGCCAUUGACCCCUGGCUCAAACUUUCCCAUCUGAAGAACGGUAUACAAAACUGGAAGGACCAGCUACUCAAGAUGGUAGCCCAUGCCGAUGAGCUCAACGAGUCUUACUUCAAGUCUGAUUCCAACUCCACGGUGGCCGUCAACGAACUCCGAAGCCAAAUGCGUAGAAUCGGGGGUAGGAUCAAGGACAGACUAGAAGAUAUCAUCCGCGACUGCGACGAACAGAUGAGAAAAUGCCAAACAAAUUUGGAUGGAAUCAUUCUGGCUGAUCAGAUGGUGAGGUGA